GUCUCCUGCUAUAAAGUCCUUGGCCUCUCACACCCUUGCGCCGCCGCCGCACCAGCUCCUCUUCGUCCUCCCGCAGCCGCCUUCGAGAGAUCAAGUAGCUGUUGUGGUCUUCCCCUCCAGCCGCCACCAUGCAGAACGAGGAGGGUACGAUGGUGGACCUCUACGUCCCCAGGAAGUGCUCGGCCACCAACAGGAUCAUCACGGCCAAGGACCACGCCUCUGUCCAGAUCAACAUCGGACAUGUCGAUGAGAAUGGGCUCUACGAUGGCCGCUUCACCACCUUCGCUCUCUCUGGAUUCGUCCGUGCUCAGGGUGAUGCUGAUGGCUCUCUGGACAGGCUGUGGCAGAAGAGGAAGGCUGAGAUCAAGCAGUGAGAUCAACCAGCUCUAGAUCUCGCUCCUAGUUUCACCAGGAACUCGUUUCAGUUUAAUGUCUAUCUAGCUCUUGCGUACAAUGUCUGUGGUUUCAGUUGUUACUAUGGAAUCUAAGAAUUGAUGUCACUUGGCUCGUUUUCAUCUGAGCAUGUUAUGUUUAAUUCUGUGUUGAAUGAUUGAUAUAUGCUGCUGCCAAUUCUUACAA